AUGAUGGAGGUCAUACGCACCGGCAUGAAGCACAGGCGUGUGGGCAGCCACCAGCUCAACAUGGAGUCCAGCCGCAGCCACAGCAUCAUGACAGUCUACUGCGACGCAACACCCACGGACCCGUCCUGCUAUGACUACGGCACCGUGCGGUACGGCAAGCUGUCGUUCGUUGACCUUGCCGGCAGCGAGAGGGUCAAGGACAGCAGGAGCGAGGGGGUGAUGCUCAAGGAGACCAUCAACAUCAACAAGAGCCUCAGCGUGCUGGGGAAGGUCAUCUCCACCCUGGCGGACAACGACGCCGCGGGCACCACCGCCCACGUGCCCUACCGGGACUCCAAGCUGACCAAGCUGCUCAUGGACAGCCUGGGGGGCAGCGCCCUCACGCUCAUGAUCGCAUGCUGCUCCCCCUCCAGCCUGCAGGUCGAGGAGACGCUGUCUACGCUGCUGUACGCCACGCGCACCAAGAACAUCCACAACCGCCCCGCGGUGCAGUACGACCCCAAGGAGGCCCAGAUCAGCCUGCUGAGGCGCGAGAUGGAGCUCCUGCGCCAAGAAAACGGACUGCUGCGGGAGCAGCUGCGCGCCGGCGCCGCCCACGGCGUCAGCGGCCCGGGUGCGAACUCGCCGUGGCCGGGCUCGCCGGGCGGCGGCGCGGCGCGCGCCGGCACGCCGCCGCCGCCGGCGUCGCCGCGGGCAGGGGGGCUGGAAGAUCUGGCUGCGGCGGACGAGCUGGUGGCGGAUCUGAGGUCUCGCAGCAGCCCGCUGCUGCUGAUGCGCGCGAGCGGCGGCGACGGCAGGGCGGCUGGGGAGCAGCCGGGUGUGGCGCCGCGCAUUUCGAGCACCAGCGAGCAGGCCGGCCCCGCGCGCGCCGCCGGCGCCGUCAGCCCGGUGCCGCCCUCGCCAGGCGCGGCGGCCGCUUCGUCGGCGAGCGGCGAGAUCCUGCGGCGGCUGCGGGAGACGCAGGGGCUGCUGGUCAAGUUUUCGGAGGAGAACGGGCGGCUGGCGCGGGAGAACGACAGGCUGAGGGCCGGGCGCAACGUGCUCAGCACAGGCCGCAACUCCUGCACGAAAUGA